CUGCAGAACAUGUGAGGAACAUGUCAAUAUCAUUUCAGUAACAUGUCAGUAACACGUCAGGAACAUGUGAGGAACAUGUCAAUAUCAUUUCAGUAACAUGUGAGGAACAUGUGAGGAACAUGUGAGGAACAUGUCAGUGGUUCAGUUUGAAGACAGCUCUUGUGUGUUUUCACUGUACAGUGUUGUAGCGUAUGAAUUUUGUGAUUCACUGUGGACUUUUCCACUGUGGAGUUGUGACGUGUCGUUAAGUAAGUGAUUGGAGGACGCGUUGCUCAGCGGCAGGUUGCCAGGUUAUGAUUGGACAGUGAGCUGUGGGAGCCUCUGACCAGAGGGUCACCUGAGCUCUGUGGUUGGCUGCUGGUGAGACAGGUGAAAAGUGAGGAGGAAGCUCUAUAAAUAGAGGUUUUCUCUGUGUCACUAAUCUGCUGCUCACUCUCCCUGGUGAUAAUCAGAGGAGCUUCAGUUUCCUCGUCUCGUUCUUUGGCGUCUCAUCCUGCAGCUAAGCUGAUGUCACUGGACAAACAGAGCGAGCUCAGAGGUCACAUGGGGAGAGUGAGCAGAGGAAAUAUACUGGAUACUUAGUUGUAGGUGCAGUCCCAUCGUCAAAUGUAUACUCAGGUAAAUGUUUAUUACAGAAACUGAGGCCUGAUCACGUCUGCAGUCACAACACUUGUUGUGAAGGUGACACCUGAGGAAAGUCAAAUAUCCGGUGUGAAAGGUUCCUCUGAACGCGGUCCGGAACAACGCACCAAAAUCUGUCUGAGCAAAAACGUUGGAUCAAGCUGAACCGUUCUUAAACCUUCUGUCACAGUAAAGUGAGUCUGUUGUGUUUUGAACUGUUGGUUGGACACAACUCGACAUCUGAAGACUGUUCAAAGACUAACUAACUAACUAACUAACGAACUAACUGUCCAUGCUGCAGGUGGAGCGGUGACACUGUGGUCACAGACUAGUUACUGGUGUAGUGCUUGGAGGACAAGGAGCCAGCGGGGACUCAGGACUUAAUUACAGCUGCUUCCUGUUGUCGUGCUGCUCCCCCUGUGGAGACAAGACAACACUUCCUGUUUUAUAAUUCAUGUUCCUGGUUAGAGCAGCGACCUGAUGCCACAGCAACACAGUCAGAUGUUCGUUAAUAACAGCUGCACUGAGAUUGUCUGCGUUCGUGUUUGAAAAGAUUCUGUACAGUAGUGAUGGUGGAGCCUCGACCAAUCGUGAGUCAGUGUCAGCUGUCAAUCAUGAUGUUUUCAUAUCAUCACAUAACCAACCUUAUGCUGAUGUCACUGUUUUUGUGACCUGACACAGUCGUCCCUUAAAUUCUAAUGUUCUGAAAUGUGCUACCUCUGUGAACCGCCUCAUUCUGACCUGGGAUCUGGUGUCAGACGUGAAAUCCAGUUUCCAGCUCUGCUCUGUGAUUAGUGUGGAACAGUUGAAGCUCACACACCAUCACCAUAGCUGUAUAUAUUGUGUUGGUAUUAAUAUUCUAUUAACAAUUGAUGCUCAUUCAAUUAAAACUCAAGAUGUGUCUUGUUAUUAAUCAGAGGCCUUUUAGGGAGAAAAUAUUAAGUUUCAUUCCGUGGUCAAAUGUCUUUAAGGAUAAUUAUUGGAUUUUUGAACCUGGGAACAAAAAAUCUUUGUGUUUCACCAAAAAUCAGCCAGUAAAUCACAUCGAUCCAGAACACGAGUCGAUGCUGUUAAACAAACAGGCAGAAGAAGAACCUUUGUGUUCGUCUGACUCCUCAAAAUAAAGUCCUGUCUCUGUAGGAAUCACAAAGACUCAUUAAUAAACGUGAAAGUGGUAUAAGAACUUUUGAUGGAGGUACUUUGACUGACAGCUGGUCUGUGGAUUCUGUUUAAACUCUUCCUGAUCAUUCAAAGCUCAAUUUAAGACAUUUUUUUUCAUAUUAAUUAUUAAACAUAAAAACAGGGGAAAUAGUUUCCAGGUUAUCUUGGAUUUGUGAAUCGGAGGCUGACGAUGUUUUGGUAUUUUCAUUGAUGACAGUCAGAGGGUGUGGUGAUCGAGUAGUUGUACAGAUCCGAUUAUGGGUGUAGCACAAACAUGUAGCUUCUACCUGUAAAGCUAACUGGGUUUUACAUCCAACAGCCACAGACGAGUGUCUCAGGGGUCCGUCCCCUCUCUGCGUCCAACAUGGAAACGUUCUUCCGUCGUCACUUUAAGAGGAAGGAAGCAGAGGCCAAAUCCUGCCUCCAGCGGAGGCCCAGCGUGGCGGUGCCGACCAGUAGGGCCCGCCGCAGGUCCAGUGUGGGGCUUCCUUCCUCCACCCUGACCCAGCGGCGACGGUCCAGCGUCCAGCUGCAGGCAAGGCGGCCGUGUUCAGACAGGGGGUGUUUGGCAAAGUCAUCCAGGAACACUGGGUGGGCGGGGCAAGCUCGCAGGCGCUCCAGCACCACCACCCCCAGCCUCAACCCAAGGUUCGCUGUUCGCCGGAGGAAGUUGGGGAAGCUGCGAACCAUCGACACUCACCUUCUGGGGCCGUCCAUGUUGCUCGCCAGUCUGAUCCAGAUGACUGAGGAGGAGGAGGAGGAGGGACUGGGGACGGGGCUACCUGCCGGGGAGCAGCAGGUGGAGGUGAGGGGAGGUGCCAACAACAGGAGGAUCUUUUCACGCUCCAGCAGUCUCCAAUCAGACGGCGACGAUGAGGGUGGCGAUUACUUCACUGCCAACGACAGCCAAUCAGAAUCCAGUCAGCUCUCAGAGGCGGAGCAACUGGAUGAGGUGGACGAUGUCUCCUGGUCCCUUGAUCCGCACUUGUCUCCAUCCUCCACCGUCCUUGAGGUGAUGAGAAAGACGCCCCAGCUUCCCCCGGCAUCACGGCCCGUGAUCCGGGCCCCUCGCUGCCUCCGGAGGAACUCCUCUCAGGUGUUUGCAGGAGACUCUGCUCCUUACAGCCGCCACCAUGCCUCCAGCCAGAGGAAGAGGAGGAGGAUCUCCACCAUUUCCAAAGGUGCGCCUGGAAGAGGCCCCCCACUGGCCAGCCGCAGGACUUCAAUCUACUACCUCAACCACCAGGCCUUCUACAGGGGUCCCGGAGCCCUCAGUCCAAUGGGGGCCCACAACUCCCGCCUGGAGAGCUGGAGUGCCUUCUUGCUGAAAGCUAUUGCGAAGUCGGGCCUCCAGCACGUGGCCACUCAGCCCAACGUGUCAUUAUCUGCACAGAGCGACCCGCCGCAGGAGCCCAGCAGCACCGUCGACUGGAGCGACAACGCACAGUAUGGGGAGCACAUCUGGUUCGAGACCAGCGGGUCUGGAGACUUCUGUUAUGUUGGGGAGCAGUACUGCGUUGCUAAAUCACUGCAAAAGACUGUAUCGAGGAAGAAGUGUGCUGGAUGUAAGAUUUCAGUCCACACCAUGUGUAUGGAGCAGCUGGAGAAGAUUAAUUUCAGGUGCAAGCCGUCGUUCAGAGAACCAGGAUGUCGAGCUGUUCGAGAGUCCAACGUUGUGCGACAUCACUGGGUCCACAGGAGGCGUCAGACAGGGAAGUGUCGACAGUGCGGGAAGGGAUUCCAACAGAAGUUUUCAUUUCACAGCAAAGAGAUAAUCGCCAUCAGCUGCUCGUGGUGCAAACAGGCGUAUCACAACAAGGUGACGUGCUUCAUGCUGCAGCAGAUAGAGGAGUGUUGCUCUCUGGGAGCUCACGCUUCCGUCAUCAUCCCUCCAACCUGGAUCCUCAGGGUCCGCCGCCCACAGACGUCUCUGAAGUCGAGUAAGAAGAAGAAAAGGACGUCGCUGAAAAGCAACAAGUCCAGUAAGAAGGGAGCUGAGCUCCAAGAUGGCCGCUGGAAGCCCUUCCUGGUGAAGCCUCUGCCGUCUCAGCUCAUGAAGCCUCUGCUGGUGUUCGUUAACCCAAAGAGCGGCGGGAACCAGGGAGCAAAGAUCAUCCAGUCCUUCAUGUGGUACCUGAACCCUCGGCAGGUGUUUGACCUGACAAAGGCUGGACCCAGAGAGGGACUGGAGCUGUUCGGCCAAGUGCCCAACCUGAGGAUCUUGGCCUGUGGGGGAGACGGGACGGUUGGAUGGAUCUUGUGAGUUUUGGACCAGUUAGAUCUUUGUCCUCAGCCUCCUGUGGCCAUCCUUCCUCUGGGGACCGGCAAUGACCUCGCAAGGACUCUGAACUGGGGAGGGGGUUACACCGAUGAACCCAUCACAAAGAUCCUGUCACACGUUGAGGAUGGAAACAUGGUGCAGCUGGACCGCUGGAACCUGAAGGUGGAGGCGAACCCCGAUGCUGGACCUGAGGAGAGAGACGGGCAUCAGACCGACAGACUUCCUAUUGACGUCUUCAACAACUACUUCAGUCUGGGCUUCGAUGCUCACGUCACACUGGGCUUCCAUGAAUCCAGAGAGGCGAAUCCAGAGAAGUUUAACAGCCGCUUUAGGAACAAGAUGUUCUAUGCAGGGACGGCGUUCUCAGACUUCCUCAGCGGGACUUCGAAGGACCUCGCCAAGCACAUCAGUGUGGUGUGUGACGGCCUCGACCUGACCUCCAAAAUCCAGGAGCUGAAGUUACAGUGUCUGCUGUUCCUCAACAUCCCUAGGUACUGUGCGGGGACCAUGCCUUGGGGUCACCCCAGUGAGCACCACGACUUUGAACCUCAGCGUCACGACGACGGCUGCAUCGAGGUUAUCGGCUUCACCAUGACGUCUCUGGCCACGCUGCAGGUCGGAGGUCACGGGGAGCGUCUCCACCAGUGUAAAGAAGUUACUCUCACCACCUAUAAGUCCAUCCCCAUGCAGGUGGACGGAGAACCGUGUAAACUGUCCCCGUCCGUCAUCAGCAUCAGUCUGAGGAACCAGGCCGACAUGGUGCAGAAGACCAAGAGGAGGAGCUCCAUGCCCCACCUCAACGACCAGCAGCUCGUCCCUGAGAAGCUGCAGAUCACAGUGAACAGGAUCAGUAUGACGGCGUACGAGGCCCUGCACUACGACAUGGAGCAUCUGAGGGACGCCUCGAUGCCGCUCGGAGUGAUCACUGUCCCCGGAGACUGUGACCUGGAAAGCUGCCGUCUGCUCAUAGAGCGUCUGCAGGACAACAUGGAGCAGGACUGCGACACGACAGAGGGGGAGAGUCUGUCGUCACGGAAACUGUCCAUGAAGUGGUGUUUCCUGGACUGUACGACGGCAGAUCGCUUUUACAGAAUCGACCGAGCUCAGGAACACCUGAACUAUGUGACGGAGAUCUCUCAGGAGGAACUCUACAUCCUGGACCCAGAGCUGGUCGUCAAGGAGACGGUGGGCACGUCCGCCGGGAGGCUGGAGUCAGAGGAGCUGGACCAGGAGAGACAGUUCGUCCUCCCGUCCUCCACACACACACCCAGUUCUUCCACUGCUGCUUCACAUGAUUCUGAAAAAGAAGCAGAGCUGAUCAGCUGCGUCAGGACCUCAGACCUGGACACACUGAUGGCGCUCCACCAGCAGGGGGCAGACAUCCUGCUGCAGGACGACGCUGGGUGGACGCUGCUGCAUCACGCCGUCCAGGUCGGCAGUAGGGACAUCGUCAAGUACCUCGUCGACAACGUUCCCAUGUCUCACCUGGACGUAAGCGAGAAAGAGACCGGCGAGACGGCGCUCCACAAAGCUGCCACCUGCUGUCAGAGGAUGAUAUGUCACUACCUGGUGGAGGGCGGGGCGUCGCUCAUUAAGACAGACCUGCAGGGUCAGAUUCCUAAACAACGAGCUCAGAAGAACAAGGACCAGGAACUGAGUGAAUAUCUGGAGAAACAUCAGCAGAGAGACGACCAGGAGACACCUGUCUAACCUCCAGCCUGUCUAACCUCCAACCUGUCUCACCUCCAACCUGUCUCACCUCCAACCUGUCUAACCUCCAACCUGUCUAACCUCCAGCCUGUCUAACCUCCAGCCUGUCUAACCUCCAACCUGUCUCACCUCCAACCUGUCUCACCUCCAACCUGUCUCACCUCCAACCUGUCUCACCUCCAACCUGUCUCACCUCCAGCCUGUCUAACCUC